AGAGCGCAGGUUGUAGUGACGUCACGUGUCAGGCCGGAAGUGGUGGUUAGAGAAGACCACUGCAGAAAAGAAGACGACGACAAAGUUGACCAAGCUGCGUCUUGCUGACUUUUGACUUCUGCUCGCCAUUUUCCUCAUGUCUCACUCCUCUGCUCUCCAUAUUCUUCAUGUUUGACCGCACUUCUGCUCCCCAUGACUGCGCGCGUGUGCGUGUUGUACUUCGCUAAGAGCAGCGAGCUCAGCGGACUGAAGGAGGAGCUGCUUCAAGUGGCCACGCCCAUCAGCGGCCUUGACCUUUGGACCCUGUUGCUACGGCAACACCCCAGCCUGCGCGCCCUCCAGGGUCACGUGGUCCUGGCGCUGAGACAAGAAUACGUGGCCAUCGACCAGCAGCUGCUGACGCUGCGAGACGGAGACGAGGUGGCCGUGCUUCCGCCGCUCAGCGGAGGAUAGUUGUGGGACCACGCUU